GUAGAAGUGGCAGCUAAAAAUAAGGAAUGUAAAUUUGGAGCAGCCUGUUGGGCGAGCAAAAGGGAGUUCUUGGCUUUGGCGAGUUAUGAUUGUACGAAAAGAAAGAAUCAUCACUUAAAGUGAACGAAAGACUGACCACGAGCAUAUUUAUUCAGUGUGGGCUGCUGUGACGGACAGUAUUUACUCUGGACCAGCCAACGGAGACGACAUGUUGGCACCGGGAAUACGGGUCGUUCGAGGACCUAACUGGAUCUGGCAGAAUCAAGAUGACGGUGAAGGACACGUUGGAACGUUGUGCGAGAUAGGCCGUUCCGGUUCGACUCAUUCUCCGGAGAAGACAGUGGUAGUGAAUUGGGACUCGGGUCAUCGGACCAACUAUCGAGUUGGUUAUCAGAAGCAGUACGAUCUGAUAGUGGUGGACAAUGCCCAGAUCGGGGUGAAACAUCCGAAUAUUAUCUGUGACGGGUGUAACAAACCGGGAAUCGCCGGCAUUCGGUUCCGGUGUGCGGACUGUUCCAACUAUGAUCUUUGUGCCACAUGCUACGGAAACGACGCCCACGAUCUAGAACACUCGUUCAUCCGGUACCAGACGGCGAAUUCUGUUGGAGUUCGUGUUCCGCCACGCAAGGGUGCGCUCAAGGUACAGCUGAAAGGUAUCUUCGUCGGAGCACGCGUCGUACGAGGCCCGGACUGGGAAUGGAAUAACCAGGACGGAGGACCGAACAAAACUGGACGUGUUAUGGAAAUUCGUGGAUGGGAUAACGAAUCCUGUCGAAGUGUAGCAAACGUAUCUUGGCAAUCCGGAUCGACAAACGUGUAUCGGCUGGGACACAAGGGGAACGUGGAUCUACGCUACGUACAGGCAGCUGUCGGAGGAUAUUACUACAAAGAGCAUAUGCCGGUAUUGGGUCAACCGGAAGAGCAGCAACCGGUUUCACCUCCGGUGCGCUCACAUUUCAACGUUGGAGAUCGCGUCCAGGUGGCCAUCCCGGAAGAAAGACUCAUGGUUUUGCAGCAAGGGCACGGUGGCUGGAAUCCGCGGAUGGCCGAAUAUCUGUCGAAGAUUGGCAUUGUACAUAGGAUCACGGACAAGGGUGAUAUUCGGGUACAGUAUGAGGGUUGUGCCAACCGGUGGACGUUCCAUCCGGCGGCCCUCAUCAAGAUCUAUAGUUUUAAUGUAGGAGACAUUGUUACCUUCAUCACGGAUGCUGCCAAAAUGCAGCAACUGCAAAAGGGUCACGGCGAAUGGGUGGAGACUAUGCAUAACGUGCUGGGGAAGUCGGGUAAGGUGAUCAAAAUAUACGGGGACGGUGACUUGAGGGUCCAGCAAUUGGAUGAUGAUUUGGCUUGGACGGUGAACCCCAAAUGUGUCAAAUUGGAACGUUCGUUGAUAUCGCAGGCGACGGCAACCGAACGUUCGAACAGCAUGAUGGACCUGAGUAAUCAGCGCACGAACGAGCAUCACAUAACACCUCUGUCGGGACUGUCGGGAACAUCAGCUGCCGAUCGGCUUGUCCGAGAAGCCGCUCAAGGAAACAUGGACUUUGUGCAAAAUUAUCUUAGUGCCAAUCCGGAGGAGGUGGACUGCGUUAGCGGGGGCAAAACUUGCCUUCAAGUAGCUGCCCACCAGGGCCAUGUGGAUCUGGUCAAGCAUCUGCUGGCACUCGGUUCCAAUGUGAACGUAGUGGACAAGGAAGGUGAUUCUACGUUGCACUACGCAGCAUUCGGAAACCAGCCGGAGAUCAUGCGCAUCCUACUGCAACAUAAUGCCAACAUCGAUGUGCUGAAUUCGUCGCACUGUUCAGCAUUGCACAUCUCAGCACACAAGAAACCGCCGCACUGUGUCAAAGUUUUGCUGGAGUUUGGAGCGAAUGUAAAUGUGCAGGAUGCUUAUGGGGACACGGCGCUGCAUGAUGCUAUUGGGAAAGAGAAUACCGAAGUUGUGGAACUGUUGUGUGCUUGUUCUACGCUGGACUUGACCAUAAGAAACAAGCGAGGGUUUAAUGCAUUACAUCAUGCUUCACUGAAGGGAAAUGUCCACGCUGCCAGAAACAUUAUCCGGCUGGCGCGGCAAUUGGUAAAUGUCCGGAAAGAUGAUGGAUUUUCUGCUCUGCACUUGGCUGCUUUGAAUGGACAUUCGAAGGUGGUGGAAGUUCUGGUCAAGGAAGGACAGGCGGAUAUCGAUAUUAGAAACAAUAGAAGACAGACGCCUUUCUUGCUGGCCGUUUCCCAGGGUCACACGGCUGCCAUCGAGAAGCUAGUUGAGUUGAAAUGCAACAUUGCUGCCAAGGAUGAAGACGGCGAUAAUGCUAUGCAUCUGUGCAUCAUCAAGAAAGCCAAUCUGGUGCAGGAUGUUACAGCAACGGAUUCGCCGAAAAUUUUUGAGAUGUUCCAGUCGCUGGCAGCGGUGGUCAUUGAGAAUCGGCUGAUGUACGCACUGUUGUGUUUUCUGGCGAAAGAAAGUUGUCCGCUUGAUGUGAACUACAAAGGCGCGAGGGUGUUGGAUUGGAUCCCUAGUCAACAGGUCAAGGAUAUUAUUAUUGGAUAUGAGAGAGCUAGGAUCGCUAAAGAGAAGGCAGCAGCUGCUGGUCCUCCUGCUACGGAUCGAUCGCUGAAUAAUUCUCGCGAGGAAGAUGACGAUUCGCCGCCAAUCAUUCACGUACAGUCCAACUUGGAAGUAAUGAGCUUGGCCAGUAACAAUCUGGAUGAAACUGAGGUCAAUAAUUCCGCAGUACUGCAGGAGGGAGCAGCAAGCCCAGGCACUAGCGGUUUAUGUCAGUCUAAUCCUCCGACACCUGCUCGUAGGAAUCGAGGACAUAAUCGAGAGGCUGCCGGUGCAACACCACCACCCAUUCCGAGUCAUCAUCCGAAUGUAACAGCACAAGAAGAAGAUUCUAAACGAAUGAACAUCGAACCAAUAGCACCCAGCGAAGCCUCCGGUCCCAGUGUAACCCCUUUAGAUAGCCCAGCACGUUUCCAAUCACCAAAUCGAGCCUUAUCGCCCACCAUGGCGGUUACACCGGAGUCCGGCGGCGGUGGCAACUGCGGCAGCAGUUCAUCAAAGCAUAUCAGCCGACGACAGUACUCGGACAAAAAUCCAACCGCUUCCCCGGUGGCAGUCCUUUCUACCAGCCCGUCAGUCAUAACCAAUCUUCCUCAGGAAUGUAUCGUGUGUAAUGAAGUCAUGAUGUUAAUCAUCUUCGAUCCCUGUCAGCAUCAAAUCUCGUGUGAAGAAUGUGGCAUCCGUAUGAAAAAGUGUCUAUCCUGCGGUGUGUACAUUGAGAGGCGUGUUACCGUUACUGGAAAACAGUUGUUCAACCCCAAGGACAAUCGGCAGCCUUCCGCCGACCGACUCCGCUACCUCGAAAGUAAAAUAAUGGAAAUCGAAGAAACGCAUUGCUGCAGCAUCUGCAUGGAACGCCGUCGCAAUGUUGUCUUUCUCUGCGGACACGGAGCCUGUUCAAAGUGCGCCGAAACGCUCAAAAUUUGUCACAUGUGUCGCAAAACGAUCACUAGAAAAAUCAAUCUCUACUAAAGUGUUUUUACUCUUCUCGCGAGCUGUUUCCCGGUUGAGCCGCGAAGUUACCAAAAAUUGUGAAAUUUUUAUUACUUCCUAAUCUUCCCUCCUUUCGAAACUCUGUGCUUCUGUAAAUGUCACCUCUGGGUACUAGUGCGAAACAUAUACUCUUCGGCUUUCUCACUACUCGAAGUGAUUCCUAUAACGUCGCCCAUGUCAGAGUGUUGAAUAACUCUUCUUUUCUAUUAAUAGAUAGUAUUUUCUUUAUUGAAAAGUUUCCUUUCUCGCUACCAAAAAGUAAAACGAAUCACCACUAAUCUAAGUGUAAAUAAGCUAAUCUUUAAAUAAAGCAAAUAUGUGUAUUUAUGUGCAUGUUCUUCCAAAAAUGCUCUAACCAUUAUAAAGGCCAAUGUAAAGAAACAAAAAUAUGGGAGGCUCAUUUUAGUGGAAAUAAACGAAUGAAUAUUGUACCCAUACCUUUUAUUACUCAUCGAUUUCGUCACCAUUGACUGACUUGCAUACAAGCUGGAAUGCCCAGCAUCAUUCAUUCAUCUAUUACCAACCACAACGAUCACAUACACGAUAAGCAAACAUUUGCACCCAAUGCAACAUCGCCCCAUAACUGCACGUUGUACGCACUGUGUUCUACUUUCUUCUCUCAAACUUUCCUAUCUUAUUUAACCGUCUUAAAUAUUGAUUUUGUUGAAGAACUCCGUAUAAAAUCCACGUUCGUUCACACAUAAUUUACACACCGUUUUUGGCUUGCAUACAAAUGAAGGAAACGUUUUUAUAGACAUAUUAACCAGCGCGAAUGAGCAAAACGAACAACAUAGUCUACUUUGAAUAUUAUUGAAAUUUUUAAUAUAUAUACUUGUAUAUCAAAGAAUAAGAGAAGAAAAAAAAUGUGAACCCAUACCUGUAUUCGAUUGUUAUUACUGAUGAAUGAUAAUGUGAAAAAGAAAGUUGUUUGUACGCACAUAAGACAAAAAAGCAUACACAUAUUAAUAAACCGAUAUUUAUUUCAUUGUAUUAAAAAAUAAA